ACAUGUGACCUCCUGACGRCGAUUAUUGGGCAGGUACACGUGUGCGUCCUGUUUCUGUCCCUCAUAUAUGGUAUCAACAAAGACAUCACAAAUUUUCGAUGUGUGACUUGUAAARCUGAACACAAAUUUCAGUGUAAUCAGGUGUAAUAAWAUGUUGUGAAAARCACACAAACAGAUAAUGUUGAUCCAGUUUUAACUAGAGUUUUGCAUUGACAAAAUUACCCCAGUUUGUGAGUGACGGUGUCUGUUUUCAAACACGUUUUUUGCAACUUUCCGAAUAAAGAAACGCAGUCAUGUUAAGUGAUGAGGAUGAUCGAGAUGUUGAUGUGGAAAGCGAUGAUGGCGAAGACCUAGAUAUUAGGCAAACUGGAGCCCGCAUGUCUUCAGGGAACCAGUACUAUUCCCAGGCAGAAAAACGGGCUCACCAUAACGCUUUGGAGCGUAAAAGACGCGAUCACAUAAAGGACAGUUUUAGUAGUUUGCGCAAUUCGGUGCCCUCGUUGCAUGGGGAAAAGGCCAGUAGAGCGCAAAUAUUGAAGAAAGCCUCCGACUACAUUCUGUAUAUGAAAAAAAAGAACAACUCCCAUCAACAGGACAUUCACGAUCUAAAGCGGCAAAACAGUCUCUUAGGGGCUCAAAUUAGGACGCUGGAGAAAGCUAAGAAAUCGGCGACAUUUCACUCGGAAUUGAGUAAGUGUAUCAUCGAAUCAGACACCGAAAGCUCAUCAGAUGGGGAUGAGGAAAUGGUGACGCAGCCCCAGAAUAAGUCGAAAAAGUUGAAAACAGCGCAUUAAUUUAACUGUGCGCAAAACGGACAAAGGCCUGGAAAGUGGUUGCAAUGCUCAUCUACGCAAACUAAGUACAUUUUUGUAUUCUAAUACAGAAACGAACUGAUUUCUGUCGAAAAAAAGCUUUAACAAAUUUAGGUUGCGUAGAAAUACGUGUACAUGGUUCGGGAGAUAAUCAAUGUAUAUUUAUUUUACUCAAUUAAUUUAUGUAUUAUCAACUUUCUGUUACAUUUCGUUAUUUACUUCUAUAAAUUUUAAAUUAUGCUGGCCACCAAAACCACCCAAUAAAGUGUAAAUACAAUAUAAA